AUGCCGCCGCCGCCGCCGCCGCCGGCAUCGCGGGAUUGGUCGAACCUCCCCCGGGAGCUUCUGGACACCAUCUCCCGAAAAAUCGUCCUCAUCGCCGACUACCUCCGCUUCCGCGCCUCCUCCCGCGGCUGCCUCGUUCUCCAGGCGGGCGACGGCCCCGCCGUCUGCCUCCUCAACCCCAUCACCCGAACCCUAACUCAUCUCCCCCCACUCAACUACUUGCAAGAGCCAACCCGCAACUACAACAAGCAAUCGCGGGAUUACGUGAUAAGGAAGGCCGUACUAAGCUCCAACCCUUCUACGGAUCCCCACUUUGUCGUCAUGCUUCUUUUUCGUUUCGGCGAAUUAUUGGUCUUCUGCCGGGGCGGGGAUGUCUCCUGGACGGUGGCCGACCUGCGGACCGACGAGCAAUGGUUCGUCGACGUCGCCUACCAAGACCGGACAUUCUUCUCCGUCAGCGACCGCGGGCGACUCACGGUCUACGAUCUCGCCUCUCCGUCUCCGUCGAGGGCUGUGAUCCACUCCAUUCUAUACGAGGAAGAUCCCAAGUGCUUGGUGGAGAGAGCGUCCGGGGAAUUACUGAUGGUUGUGUGGGAUUUUCGGAGACAUAGUUCCGGCGACAGGACCGAAUACGGGGUGCUCAAGUUGAGCCUAGAAGGCCAACUGGAGUGGGUCGAAGUCGACAAUAUCGGAGAGGAGGCGCUUCUCUUAGUUGAUUAUGGAUCUCACUCUCAUUGCCUUUCGAUAUCCUGUGCUGCUUAUUCGGGACUGUGGAGACGGAAUUGCUUGUACUACGCCUUCCCUCAUUACAUUCAACCGGUCGAAUAUGGUGAUUCGGUCGGCUAUGGGAUUAAUUUGUUCAGAUUGGAGGACGGCGGUAUCGAGCAGGCACUCUUCGAUGAACAUAUCGGCAGCAAAAUUGGGUACUACAGUUGCCUCUAUCAACAGCAGCUUAGCUACUAUCCGGAUGCUCGAUGCCAGUGUUGUGGUAAUGAGAUGAAUCGAGUGCUCGUGUUUUCCUCCAAGAACUAUGCUACUUUUGAUAAUCUGGGAGGAGUCUUUGUGAAGGUUCCAACAUUUGUUAUUGGUGAUCUUGAUGCCAAACAUAGCCGGAGGCUAGAGAAGAAAACUAUUGAGAUCACCCACCCGAAGGUUUUGGUCCUUUCUCAAGCGGUCAGCGAUCUCUAA